UUUUAAUUCAGAAGCUGGACCACCCGUUUUCCUUCCCUUCGUUCAUCAGGGGGCCUGGGCGCAGUUUUUGUCUACAGCUUUCACAACAGGCUCCAGAAUGAGUAAAAACAGCAAAGUGUUGAACCUGAAGGAUAAAAUCAGCGGCAAUGAAGUGGACCUGAGCCUGUGUAACCUCACUGAGGUACCAGUCAGAGAGCUGGCCUUAUUCCCCAAAGCAACUGUUGUGGACCUGUCUUGCAACAACAUCACCUCCCUUCCCCCAGAGUUCUGCAACCUGACCCACCUUGUGAAGGUGGAUCUGAGUAAAAACCAGCUUACCUGUCUGCCGGACGACCUGGGGAACCUGGCCAACCUCCAACAUCUGGAUCUGUACGACAACAAGCUGACUGUGCUGCCUGUCAGCUUCUCUCAGCUCAGGAGUCUGAAGUGGUUGGAUCUGAAGGAUAACCCGCUGGAACCCGGCCUGGCCAAGGCAGCAGGAGACUGUCUGGAUGAGAAGCAGUGCAAACAGUGUGCCUCCAAGGUUCUGCAGCACAUGAGAGCCAUUCAGGACGAAGUCGAUCGUGCACGAGAGAAGCGCCUUUUGAGGGAAAAAGAGCUGGAGAAGAAGAGGGAGGCGAAGCAGAGGGAGCGGGAUGCCCGAGAGAAGGAGGCUCGUAAAAGGGAGAAGGCGGAGGAGAAGGAGAAGAGGAGGAGAGAGUAUAACGCUCAGAUGGCGGCCUUAGCUUCACAGGAACAACAGAAGAAGAAGAGCGAGGAGAAGAAGAAAAAGAACGGACAGGCAGCAGAUAAAAAGGUGGUUGUGGAAUCUGCACCUCAACCUCGACGUUCUCUCAUUGGCCUGUUGUUCAAGCUCCUCCUCCUUCUGCUGCUGGGAUUAGCCGGAGUCGCCGCUGCCUGCCAGCUGACCGACCUGCAGAAGGAAGCUGUGUGUGUGCCAGUCAACGUCGCCGUGGACGACAGCCUAUCCUGGGCCAGAGAGCAGGAGGGUGUGGUCAGACAACUGGUGCAUAAUCUGUCAUCCGCUGCAAAGGAGUUUCUUGAAUCCACACAAACAUCUAAGAACUAAAUGCUCACCUGCCUCCAUCAAAACUCAGAGCUGCAGGUUUUCCACUCACCUGUGAAUCCUGGGAUUUUUUUUUUUUUUUUUUUUUUUUUUAACGUAUGCUGAAAUCAUAAUUCUCAUUAAGAAGGGCAACCCUGCAUCCCCUCACCCUGUUUGUGGUGCCGGGAGGUGAAGAGUCUAUACAGAUAGACAAAGGGGGACGGACAGAUGUGCUAAAAUCAUCCUAAAUUCCUAUGGAAUUGUUCUCGCUCUUGUAUCCUCUUUGUAUUACAGCCUGUUUUUAAAGAAGAAAAAAAAGUAAUGGUCUUAAAUGUCUCCCUGCCCACCAUGUUUUGCACUUCGACCAUGCCUCAGGGGUUGGUUUGUUUUUGCAGUGCAUGACAGGAAGUGCGGGUUGUACUUAAAGAGAUGUAAAGUGAACUGUCAGGUGGCCCUGUCUGUGCUGCACCGGAGUGUCGGGUCUCUGACUGUUAACUGCCAGUCAGAGUGGUGCAUCAGCCAAUCAGUGUCAGAUGUGGCAGUCUGAGCAUGUGCAGUGAAGGCUGUGUGAAUGUAGAGCUCACUUGUGUUUUCCCUCCACCGUCUUUAUGAUCUUGCAUCAGCUAAAGCAGCUAAAUCUCACACCUAAUACAAACCGUCUGCCGUGCAAACUAGAGCCCAACUAAUAUACAAGAGGAUUUUAUCUUAUUGCGGAUAUAUCGGGCGUACAUGUCUGUUGAUAACUAAAAACAAACUGCAGCAUAUAAAUGCCAAAGAUGUGUAUGAGGUAAUUUAGUCAUUACAGUUUUUCUACCAGAGAGCAAAAUAUCCUGCUUAGGUAAGUACUGUAUCUUGGUCAGAAAUCUUGAAUAACCAAAUUUGAGGGAUAUUUAUAGAAAAUGUUUGUUUUGUUAGGGCUGCAACAAAGGAGAAAAUCCUCAAACUGGAGAAGAGACAACCAGAGAGAGAUUGAUUUUUUUUUUUUUUUUCACUGUUUUUUGCAUGAAGAAUUACUGU